UUGGCCCUUGAGGGGCGGGGCCAAGGACGGAUCCGGCCUUCGCAGCUCAGGUUCACUGCCCAGUUUUGGCGAUGGCGUUAGCGGUGCGGCUGCGCGGGCUUCUCCCGUACCUCCGCACGCGGUUGGGGACUACUGCGAGGGCCGAGGCGGCGGGCCGCGGGCGGCGGGGCAGUCCCAGCCUUUGGCUAGGUGGCAGCGAGAUUCUUGGAAAUGCUGUAGUUUUCAAAAGGGGCCUUAUAAUCUCAGCAUUGUCUUAUUUGGGCUUUGAAACUUACCAACUAAUUUCUCAGUCUGCUGUGGUUCAUGCUGAAGUCAAUGUUGAGGAAAUCCUUGAACAAGCAGACUACCUCUAUGGCAGUGGAGAAAUAGAAAAGCUUUAUCAUUUGCUAGCCCAGUACAAACAAAGUGAGGAUGCAGAGUUGCUAUGGCGUCUGGCACGGGCAUCCCGAGAUAUAUCUCAACUUAGUACUACCUCUGCAGAAGAUAAGAAACGACUGGUAUAUGAAGCUUUUGCAUAUGCAAAAAAAGCACUUGAAAAAAAUGAAUCAAGUUUUGCAGCUCACAAGUGGUAUGGUAUCUGUCUCAGCGAUGUUGGGGAUUAUGAAGGUAUCAAGGUUAAAAUUGGAAAUGCUGUCAUUAUCAAGGAACAUUUUGAGAGAGCAGUUGAACUGAAUCCUAAAGAUGCCACCUCAUUUCACCUUAUUGGUGUUUGGUGUUAUUCAUUUGCUGAAUUGCCUUGGUACCAAAGAAACAUUGCUAAAGUGUUGUUCGCAACUCCUCCUACUUCCACAUUUGAGGAGGCUCUAAAAUACUUUCAAAUGGCAGAACAAGUGCAUCCAAACUUCUACAGCAAAAAUUUGCUUUACCUGGGAAAGACUUUUCUGAAGUUAAAAAACAAAAAGCUUGCUGCCUUCUGGUUAUUGAAAGCCAAGGACUACCCCGCUCACACAGAGGAGGACAAGCAGGUACAAAAAGAAGCUGCCCAGCUGCUCAAAACUGUUGGCGACAAGGAUUAAGAGCGUUACUCAAAAUAAAUCAGCACAUGAAAGAUUUCCAAUAAAUGUCUUUUCAUUGAGUUAAUCAUGUCACAGCUGGUGACCAGCUGCUAUAACUAGCUGAUGAGCAAGGCAAGUAUUAAGUGUUCCAGCUUCCAGUCUUCACAGGAAAAUCAGUCCUUGAUGAUGGAAAGGUACUGAGACAGAAUGAAAGUGCUCACCGUCCAAGUAAUGAUUUUUCAGUGGAAACUCCAUAAUCAUUUGCGGGGGGGUGGAGAGGGGAUGUGUGUGAGAAGUGCCAUAUAAGAAGCAACUCUGGAUAUAACCAGUUAACCAAAACAAGGUCUUGAAAGUAAUAAUCAAAAGUCAGUAAACAUUUAUUAAGUGCCAGCUGUGUGCUAGACACUGCUAAGCACUGAUUUCAGCUAAAAUGGUGCUUUUGAUGUUCAAGACUUUUGUCAACAAGUAUUAUCCUACUUGUCUCUGCCAUUUUAAGUAUAUAACCUUAAUUGUGUGACUAUUCAACAGAUUGACUGUCUAUUAAUAAAUCCAGUUUCAUUGGAUAA